AUGUCGGGCCCCGGGCCGCGGGAGCCGCCGCCUGAGGCGGGCGCGGCGGGCGGCGACGCGGGCCCCGAGGGCGCGGGCGGCGGGGACGCGGCGCUCGGCGAGCCGGGGCUGAGCUUCACGACCACCGACCUGAGCCUGGUGGAGAUGACGGAGAUCGAGUACACGCAGCUGCAGCACAUCCUCUACUCGCACAUGGAGGCGGCCGACGGCGAGCUCGAGGCGCGCCUCAGCUCGGCGCUGCUGGCGGGCCCGGGCGCGGGCGCGGGCGCGGGCGUGGGCGCCGCGCCGCCCGUCUACCCGGUGCUGUGCCCGCCCGCGCUGGCGGCCGACGCGCCCUGCCUGGGCCACAUCGACUUCCAGGAGCUGCGCAUGAUGCUGCUGAGCGAGGCGGGCGCGGGCGCGGCCGAGAAGACCCCGGGCGGCGCGGACGCGGCCGGCGCGCGGGCCCGGCCCGACGGCGCCAAGGAGGGCCCCGACGGCGCCCCCGAGGCCCGGGCCAAGUCGGCCGUGCGCGUCCGCCUGGAGGACCGCUUCAACAGCAUGCCCGCCGAGCCGCCGCCCGCGCCGCGCGGCCCCGAGCCCUCGGAGCCGCCGGGCGUGGCGCUCAACAAUUUGGUGACUCUGAUCCGACAUCCGUCCGAGCUGAUGAACGUCCCCCUCCAGCAGCAGAGCAAGUGCACGGCGCUGGUGAAGAACAAGAGCGCGGCGGCCGCCACGGCGCUGCAGUUCAGCUACCCGCUGUUCACCACCGGCGCCUGCUCGGCCGGCGGCCCCUCGGGCCUGGCGCCCACGCAGAGUUCCGGCGGCGCCUGCUCCGUGCUGGAGGCCGCCAAGCACCAGGACGUGGGCCUGCCGCGCGCCUUCUCGUUCUGCUACCAGCAGGAAAUCGAGUCCACCAAGCAGACCCUGGGGAGCAGAAACAAACCGUUGCCCGAGCAGGUCUGGAUCAAAGUGGGAGAAGAAGCGCUAUGUAAACAGGCCAUGAGCAAGAGGAACCGGAGCAGGAUCCGGCAGCUGGACGCGAGCACGGAGCGCAGAGCCCUCGGGGAGAUCCAGAACGUGGGCGAGGGCCCCGCGGCCGCGCAGGCCUGGCAGUCCUCGGAGUCCUCGCAGUCCACCCUGGGGGAGCAGGCCCAGAGCGGGCCCCAGGGCGGGCGGUCCCAGCGCCGGGAGAGGCACAACCGGAUGGAACGAGACAGAAGGCGCAGAAUCCGCAUUUGUUGCGACGAGCUGAACCUCCUGGUUCCGUUCUGCAACGCAGAGACGGACAAGGCAACGACGCUGCAGUGGACCACGGCGUUCCUGAAGUACAUUCAGGAGCGACACGGAGAUUCCCUCAAGAAGGAAUUUGAGAGUGUGUUUUGCGGUAAGACUGGCAGAAGGCUGAAGCUGACCAGGCCGGACGCCCUGAUCGCCUGUCCCGCACAGGGCAGCCCCUCGAUGGAGAUCAAGUGAUGGACUGAGCAGGAGUCCUCAGGCAGCGAACGGCCGUUCCUUCGAGAUCCGGAGGUUCCCUGGUCCUGGAGCUGACCGUCCGGCUCGAGGGGGACCGACUCAGGUUGAUGGGCUCCAGCAGGGCCCGUGAGAGCGCACUCUGUAGAACAGGCUCCCCUGGCACGCAACACGGCCCACGCACGGCCCACAGGCUCCCCUGGCACGCAACACGGCCCACACGUUACGGCAGCACACUCUGCCGGUCAGUACACACCAGCGCGCACAUGGGGCCGCUCUGUCUCCCCUGGCACACAACACCGGCCCACUCGUGGCCCGUGAGAGCGCGCUCUGCCAGUCUCACACAACACCGGGGCCCGUGGAAGCACACUCUGCCACAGUCCGCACUCAACACCGGCCCACUCGUGGCUGUGAGACCAUUUGGGGUGAUGACAUCUUGAUAAUUAGUAAUUUUCAAUGAUCUGAUUCCAUCAUGUUUCCUCAACAUGAUAACUUGAAGGAUUAACAUCCUUUGUAAUUUCUUUCGUCCUAAAAGGUGCAUUGCUUUUUACUUAUUUCAUUUACAUUUUAAAUCUGCCCCUCCAGCAGCUGGAACAAGUUACAUUGUUCUUAGGUAGUAGUUUGGAAAUUUUAUUUGCUUUGUUGUCGCUCCCCUUGGUGACGGCGCCGUGCUGCAAGGGGCAGUCCUACUGUAAACUCCCCAGAGACCCCUGCAAAGCUACUCCCGUCCAUAGAAGCGAUAUUGUCAGUAGACGCUCAGUGUGCACGUUCCGCACUGAGAGUCAUUAUCUUAUGUGCAAUAAACUGCAGUGUUCGG